GGCAGGACGAUAUAUACUUGUUUGCUAACAGCGUUGUAAUAAGCAUUGGUCAAUUUGUAAUGUAAUUAAUUAUGUCUUUGAUGACAUAAAAACUUUGUGAGCGAUGUAAAUACGAGUGUUGGUUCAAUAUUUGAACUUGCAUAGGGACAACAUUUACAUUUACUUUUAUUUCACAGUUGCAAUUCCGAGUAUACUGUUAUUCUAUACGGUGUCGGUGAAAACAAAUAAUCGUUCAAUUACGUUUAUCUUCAUAGACUGACCUAUAAAACCAUUUUGCAGUUAAGCAUUAGGAUUGACCAUAAACAGGCGUGUUGAAAACACAGAAGAUGUAGGAGAGGAAGUAAACACUUUGAUUGAUUAAAUUUCCUACAUUGUGACUUUAGUCUACAACAACAACUUUGAAUCGCUCCAAUGACGAUUUCCAAAGGCAGAAUUUACGCCCAAUGAGCGUGUUGGCGCUGGCUACGUGGCUGGUGACCUGCGCGGUACUCAGCCUGCCUGUGGCGCGCUCGGACGGCAACAUCGGAUGUCUCUUUAGUCCAUCAUUAUGUACACCUGAAGUGGAAUGGUGUUACAAUGAUGAUGCAUUCGGGAGAUGUCUCCAACAAAACGUAGACGAAGAAGACCUUUACAGACAUGAGUUGAGCCCCGAUGAACUGCAGGAGUUGGAGAGAGAAAUGGAAAGACUGCUAAACACCGGCUACAGAUGGAGUCACAGUUACACACAAUGUCUACUGCAGGCAAUGUUGUAUGCUUACAAGAUCCGGACAGUCUAUGAGUCUGAUGUGUGCGAGCAUCUGAAAGAUCAAGAUCUGUCAGCUGCUUUAAAGGCUUUUGAGAGUGAAAAGGAGCUAGAUCCAGACAAUAUAGCUUAUGUCCGGUUCACUCCAAGUAUAAACAAUCCUCACGCAGAUUUUGCCGAUGAAAUUUAUUUCCCUCCAACACUGUUGGAUUCGGACAUAAUCCCUCUUUCUGCGCAGCUUGGUGAACCAGAAGACUACAGCAGGAUGGAACUUGAAGAGCGAGAGCCAGGACUAAAUUCAGAGCCAAUUUUGGAAGAUGUUCCUGUGAUUAUGGACCCCGACGAGGACGAUGAGUCAGAGGCUGACUAUCCAAACGUUGGCUUUUCUCAGAAACAGUUUCCGUUCUCUCUUGUCCGCAAGAAGUCCCUCCCCCAGCGUAGAUCUCCGACACAUUUCUCUAGAACCUACAACACUCCAGAUGACUUCCGAAGGGGCUUCGAAUCCAGGGAUAUUGUUCCUGAUUUUUCACCUGUUUCAGAAAAACAGUUUGGCGAGGAGGGUGAAGACAACGACUUGUUGUUGGUCAGGCUAAAACAGCUGUUCCAAUCAGCCCAACCUGAAACUGAACAGCUGGACCCGUCCCAGUCUAUCUUACUUCCAAUGUUACAAGCUAUCGGAGACAAUUACCCGACAAGCAGAGACACGGAGGUGGGCGGAGGAUAUACAGAGGGUGGUCUAGUCUUGGUACCUGACAAACAAACAGAUACAGAUCACAGUCUAAGUGAGUUCUUGGUUGGACUGAACUCCGACCUCAACUGGGGCUUCAAACGACCUGAGCGUCUUGAUGUUAAAAAACCUGGCCCGCCUUUCAAAACCAACAACUACGCAUUUAAGAAUGAUGAAGAUAAGGUGGAUGACAAUUCAAAAAAUAAAUCACCUGCUGGUAAGGCUGACUGUGCUGAUGCUAAAGACGCCCAAAGUAAGUCGGAAGAAACUGAAACUGAAGAAAAACAAGAGACAAAGGUGAACAGUCAGGACAUUAGCAAUAGCAUUCCACAACUUAUACAGGAUGACACGAUGGCUGAGCCCCCUCAGAAGAAGACUUUCCACCCAAAGAACUCAAACGAGAUCAAUAUGUCUGGCACAGAUAGAUACAACAUUGUCAACAACAACAUUGCUUUCAUAGAGUUCAAGGAAAUAAUAAACACCUGGGAGCAAGGAAGGCGGAUUAUUGAAACAAUCGCCAGAUUAAUGAGUGUACCAGAGAAAACUUUUGACGAGAUGAGAGUGGACCGAAACGAAGUUACUUUUCGAGUUGUCGAGCCCAAUGUAAAGAACCUGAAUGCUUCUACUGUUGUACAAAACCUUGGAGACAUAAAGGAUACUUUGAAGAAAGAAAUAGGCGUAACAAUCACUUGUGCUGGCAUAGGAGACAAGACCAAGUUGCGCAGCGCCUCACUGUGUCAACAAUUACCCACAGUUCUCAGUCUCAGCUCGGAUGGAGAUCAUGAGUUUUUCAUGGUCAUGUUCAUAGUUAGUGUCGUCUUCAUCACGGUACUGCUCUCAACCACUCUGUUUCUACUGGUGAGACGAUAUUCGGCCUCCCGGGCGAAAAUACGCAACCUAACCACACCUGACACAGAGGCCAGCAAGGACUAUCAGGAGUUGUGUCGUGCCCGCAUGGCGGCCAAGCCACCACAUGACGCAGCCGCGCCCACCGCAGCAUCACACCGCAUAGCCAGCCUUUCACGCGAGUCUGACAACAGCCCAUCCUCCAGGUCCAGUACUUCCUCAUGGAGCGAGGAGCCAGCAUUGACAAGUAUGGACAUAUCUACAGGACACAUGGUUUUGUCGUACAUGGAAGAUCAUCUUCGCAACAAGGACAGGCUAGAGACAGAAUGGGCGGCUCUGUGUGCCUAUGAGGCUGAGCCGUGUGCCACUAUCAUCGCUCAGAGACCUGAGAACGCCAAGAAGAACCGUUACGUCAAUGCUUUACCAUACGAUCAUGCGAGGGUUGUGCUCAAUGAGUUGUCCAACAUUUCUGGGUCCGACUACAUAAACGCUUCAACUAUUACUGACCACGAUCCUCGGAACCCAGCGUACAUCGCCACACAAGGCCCGCUACCCCACACUGCAGCAGAUCUGUGGCAGAUGGUUUGGGAACAAGGCUGUGUCGUCAUGGUGAUGCUAACUCGACUGAUAGAGAAUGACAAUGUUAUGUGUCAUCGGUACUGGCCUGAGGAGGGCUCGGAGCUCUACCACAUCUAUGAGGUGCACCUGGUGAGUGAACAUUUCUGGUGUGACGACUACCUGGUUCGUAGUUUCUACCUCAAGAAUCUGAAGACCACAGAGACGAGGACUGUGACUCAAUUCCACUUCUUGUCUUGGCCAGAAGGUGGCGUUCCAUCUUCCACCAAGGCUCUACUCGAGUUCCGCAGGAAAGUCAAUAAAUCGUUCCGAGGCCGUUCUUGCCCAAUCGUCGUACACUGCAGUGACGGAGUAGGCCGCACGGGGACGUAUUGCCUGUUGGACAUGGUGUUGAACCGAAUGGCGAAGGGAGCCAAGGAGAUUGACAUUGCGGCUACGCUAGAGCACAUCAGAGAUCAGCGUGCGGGCUGCGUUGCCACCAAGCAGCAGUUCCAACUCGUGCUGCAGGCGGUCGCAGAGGAAGUGCAAGCCAUACUGCGUAUCUUGCCUCAGCCGCAACCUCCCACUACCCAGCCAUCCAGCCAAUAAACCAUGAGGUUGGCCGACCUACUGAAGCACUGCUCGUCAAGAUGAUGGAUAUCCAGGAGUCAGCUCAACACAUAUGAUUUGGCCUCGAAUUAACGAUGAACAAAGAUCUUCUUUUCUUACUUCAACCUUUAAAAACCUUCCCAUAAAUUGUUUAAAUUCCCUAAGGCCUACGUAAUUGUUUCAGUCUUUUCCGAAGGGUCUAUUAAUUUCUCAAUGUUCGCUUCUUGUGAAACAAAAUACUAAAAUGGAAUGAACAAGUAGAGGAAGUCUGUUUCCGAUGAUAGAGUGCAUAUUUUUAUAAAUGUAUACAGUUAAUAUUAAGGAGAUUUUAGUUUUUGUAAGAUUCAGUUAUAUAUUUUUGCAAAAUGACAAGACGUGUGAAUAUUUAUUUUGGUUACAAUGUAUAAAGCUGUUUAGUAAAUUAUUUGCCUCCUUAGUAAAAACGUAGUGAGUGACUGAAAAGACUAUCUUUUAACGGUUAUGUUUCAUAGCUUUAUUUUGGAUUUUAGUUUUUAGAGCUUGUUUCAUUGUUGUGCAUCAUUUCCAAACUUGUAGCUUUAAAUGAUCGUUUGGUUUGAAACAAAACAUAGUUUAUGAAUAAUAAAAUGAUUAUAUAUUUUAUGGUAAAGAAUGUUAUGAGAGAAUUGUUAAGUUUAUUCUACUUCUAGAAGAUGAAGGACCUUCGCAUCUAGAUUUAUCUGUCUGUUUCUAUAUACUUGUCGUUUUAGUUUUUAGUAAAUAUAUUUUAACAUUUUCCUAAUUUACAGAUACUUUGGUUCGCUUUGAAUUUUAAAUUCGGGCUUGGUUAUCGCUCAAUUGAUUUUAUUUCAAGGUUUUAGUCAGUUGGUGUUUUAAUUAGCUAGUUAUACGUUCCAUGUUACUUUGUUGUUAUAUUCUUUUAUUUAUUGUUACAUGUAGUUAAUAUUUAUUGUAUUAAAAUAUAUUAAAUAAAUGUAGAUCGUAUACUUAGAAUAGUGAAUAUUAUAUUAUAUACAAAUAGCUUUAUAUGUCUUGCAGAUGAUCUUUUUAACUAACAGAAAACAAGUUUAAUAUUUGUGUUGUUCUACGGAUUAAGGAGAUUAACCAAAACUGUAAAUUAAAAGAUUUAUAUGAAGUUAUCUAUAAAAGGCGAGGUUAGGUUAAGAAGUGAAAAUAUUUCUAUUAAGGAAUGUAAAUACUCCAUUGACAUAAUUCUUUUAGUUAACUUUUUAGACAAUCAUUAACAGCCAAAAAGAACAAGAAAAAUACUUUGUAAAAUUGUAAAAGUAAUGGCUCCAUUGUGAGAAUAGUCUGCAAACGAGACCAGAUAAGUUUUCCCCUUAGUUUUCAAAAGAUUAAAAUAUAAUUUGUUCUUUUUUUAUUGCCUCUUUUAUGAAAAGUUUGGGACUUACAGUUUUAAAUUGUAAUACAAUGUCUACAAAUUUGUUGGUUAUGAAAUUUAUUAUUAUUCAAGUAUAUUCCCUUUUAAUACUUGCUUCAGCAAUAUCUUAAAUAUGCAAUAAGAUCUAAGUUAUUGUUGAUUGUAAUUUGACAACAGGUUUCAUCACAACGACUAACAUUUUUUCAAUAUAUUUUUGACUCAGAAAAAAAUAACUUGGAUGUAAUUUUGCAAAUCAGUUGAAAUUUUCUUCUAAUCACAUUGUUCUUGGUAUAUUGUGUCUACUUACUCGAUUAUUUGUAUACGGUAUUGUUACGUUCAUUAUUGAAUGUUCAAGUUCGCUAUUUACUUUCAAUUUAAUGUUGCUAACUCGUAACAUUUUUCGUAUUAAGGUCUUGGAGAAUUCUAAACAAAUUGUUGGCAUGGCUAAGAUUUUUUUGGUUGGAUCAAAAUUGUCUAGCUAAUUUUUUAAAGUUUUUGAACAGAUUCUUGACGUAAUUAACCUAACCUGGCCAAUCACAUUACAAAUCAAGUCAAUUGAACAGAUUGCGUAAGACUUAAAAGAGCUCAGUAGUCAGAAAAAAAAGCACAAAUUUAUUUCUUGAAGGAUAUUUUGUCGUUUCAUUGGACCAGCCCCCAGGGAAACGACACUAACCCCCCCCCUUACCCUCCCUUACCUGACAUAACAAUACAUCUAGUACACUGUGGUCUCUACAGUGAAAUCUGCAACACUCGUAAAUAUAGCUUAACUUAACCGAAUGUUUCUUCCCAAAAAUUUGUACUGUAGAGAUUAAACGGAUUGUGUAACUACCACAUCCUACAAAAGGAAAUAAGACAUUUGAGACUAUAACAGAAAAUAAUUAGAAAAUAAAUAACUUAAAAGUAGUUUAGUACCAAAAUUAACUUUGCAUUCAACUAAUACCCAAGCUUGGUUCAAAUUCAAAUCCAAACACAAUAUUGAGUGAUACAAUUUUCAAAUUGCGGAUGCCCAUAACAAUAUAUGUCUACUUAUCUAACCUGAUAUAGAAAUGCUCAAUCUCAUAGCAGUUUGAACCUCUGGCUAGCUAAAUUUGUGUCUGAACAACCUUCUUGCACUUACCUCAGGUGUGACAACUGCAGAACUCGGAAAGAGUGUUAGACUCAGUCCCAGAGUCCACAGUACCUGACAUCCUGUAGCAAGCGUGUCAGUACUACCACUCUCACAACACUUAAGACCACAAUAUUAAGUUUAUAUAUAGUUAAGCAUGUAUAUGAAAUUUCAGUUCUUUAUUUGAGGUAAAUUCUUUUGGAAGUAUCGAUAUUGAGGGAUUAAUGUAGAUAUUUACCAUUACACUCACUAAUCUUGAUGGGACAGGGAGCGAGCUAGUCUAGUUUUUGAGCGCAGGGCUUUGGUCCUCCGGUCCAAAUCCCGCCAAUCACCAAUCCAUUUUAUCUAUGUGAUCUAGAGUGCUGCAACCCUCUAGGUCUAGCCUAAAGUAAUGUGUAAAAAGCUUCCGGAUUAGAGUCUAGCAUCCCAGCAAGUGAAGGUGGGACGUGAUAACAAUCUUGAUGGAAAGUGUUUGCAAUAAUCUCUUAUUCACAAACGCAUGUUUUAGUUUUGAUUUUUGUAAUACAGUUUAGUUAAUUUAAAAAAUCGUUUCAAUAACUUCUAGUUGUAUGCAGUACAGUUUUAAAAGAGGGAAGACGAAGACGUUAACUCUUGGUUGGCCGUGUCUAACGAUGAAUCACUAAUUCAUCACCAACGUUUUAGCAUUGAUGCAGAGUGCCUUUCUCGUGCUGACUUCAAGCACGCUGCAUCAAGGAUGAAACGUCGGUGAAGAAUAGUGUUUUGACACGGUUGUCGCCAGAAGACCAUGAUUCUACAGUAGGCCGUGGAGCCUAUCCGGGAAGAUUAUCCGAUAUUUUAUUAUACUCUAGAUGUUGUGGUAGUGGUAGAACCGAUGCGUACUCCCAAUCCCACUCCUGUCAUGUUUAGGUUAGGUUUCAUGGCCAGAAAGUCUAUUUUUGUGGUAAAUGUAGCAUGCACUUUCCCAACACAGUGUUGAAUGUCACCAUGUAGUGAAGCUACAGACUUAUUUAUUGAAUAAAACAAUGUACAACAGCA